GCAUUUGGUGACGUAUUGGGCAGUGAUGCUUACGAAGUAACCAACCAGUAACAUAGAAACUUCUCCGAACUUCCUUCCUCGAAAGAUCACUACGGAAUUGACCUAAUAAAAAGCUUGCUGUUUCUUUGUCGAUGACUCUAAAGAUAGAUACACCCAAUGGCCGCUAAACUCAUGAUACAGAAAUUUUUUGCAUCGAUCCAUGUCUGUUGAUUCGGCAUCGUCGAGUACUUCACUUGCUCCUGGGUUUCGAUUCCACCCAACUGAUGAAGAACUGGUUCGCUACUACCUCUGGCGUAAGAUCUGUCGGAAACCCUUCCGCGUCGACGCCAUCUCCGAAAUCGACAUCUACAAAGCCGAGCCUUGGGACCUCCCAGGUAAGUCAAGGCUGAAGACUAGGGACUUGGAGUGGUACUUUUUCAGUGUGCUUGAUAAGAAAUAUGGAAAUGGAUCAAGGACAAACCGUGCAACUGAAAGAGGGUAUUGGAAGACAACGGGGAAGGAUCGUGCUGUAUACCAUAGGUCGAAGACUGUGGGAAUGAAGAAAACUUUAGUUUUCCACAGUGGUCGGGCUCCACGGGGCGAGAGGACUAAUUGGGUCAUGCAUGAGUACAGGCUCAUUGAUGAGGAGUUGGAGAAAGCUGGAAUUCUUCAGGAUGCAUUCGUGCUGUGCCGAGUAUUUCAAAAGAGUGGUUCGGGGCCGAAGAAUGGGGAGCGGUAUGGGGCGCCAUUUAUUGAGGAGGAGUGGGAGGAGGAUGAGUUGGAUGUGAUCCCGAAGGAGGAGGCUGCAGAGGAAGUGGUAGUUGCUGAUGAUGCGUACUUAGGUGGAAAUGACCUUGAGCAGGUUUGUGCUCCCUACGUGUGUAUCUAUAAGGAACUAUGUGAAAAUAAUCUGGAUUCUGUGAAGGAAUGCAAAGGUGGGGAAGCUGGAUGAAUUAAGAACUAGAUUAGUUGCUGGGCUAAAGAGUUUCCAGAUAUAUGCUUACCGAAAAAACAAAAUCCAGUUUUAGCUUGGUCAUGCAUGUUGCAAUUUUUUUCGUUACAUCUGAACCCUAUUAAUGAAUUCUUAGAAGAUUUUUGAAGGAUUUUUUGUUUGACCUACCAUUGAAAAUAUACCCACCUAUGAGAACUUGGUUAAAUUAUUUGGGCAAUGUAUAAACGAGGUCUAAGAAUGCAACCUUAAGCAUGCUUUUCAGAAAGAUGACAUGUGCAUCACCACUUAGACAAAACUAUGGCUAUUGAUUGACAAAAGUGCCCGUGCUUACUAAAAGG